AUGAACCUCUCUGGGUCAGCAUCCGACUCCGAGUCAGUGAGUGAAUUCAUUCUUCUGGGCUUCCCCUGCAGCAGGGAGAUUCAGGUCUUCCUGUUUGUGCUCUUCUCCAUCAUCUACCUCCUGACUCUCAUUGGAAACGGAGCCAUUAUCUGUGCUGUGUGUUGGGACCAGCAUCUCCACACCCCCAUGUACAUCCUUCUGGGAAAUUUUGCAUUCCUAGAGAUCUUGUAUGUCAAUUCCACUGUUCCAAACACACUGGUCAACUUCCUUUCAGAAGUCAAGACCAUCUCAUUCACCGGCUGCUUCCUCCAGCUGUAUUUUUUCUUCUCCAUGGGUUCUACUGAGUGCUUCUUUCUCUCGGCGAUGGCCUUUGAUCGGUACUUUGCCAUCUGCAAUCCUCUGCAUUAUGCCACAAUUAUGACUGGGCAAAAUUGUGUCAAGAUGGCGACUUCCUGUUGGGUGUGUGGCUUUCUCUCGUAUCUGGUGCCUGUUGUUCUCAUCUCCCAAUUGCCUUUUUGUGGCCCUAAUGUCAUUGACCACUUUGUAUGUGAUUCAGGUCCACUGUUGACCCUCUCCUGUGCCCCUGCCCCAAUAUCCAAGCUCAUGAGCUAUACGCUAAGCUCCCUUGUUAUUCUCCUGAGCUUCGUUUCCAUCCUCAUCUCUUAUGCCUUGGUUCUACUUGCUGUUCUUCGGUUGCCCUCAGCAUCCAGUCGGCACAAGGCCUUUUCCACCUGUGGGUCCCACCUGGUUGUGGUGCUGCUCUUCUACGGCACUAUCAUGGUGAUGCAUGUAAGUCCUGGGUCCAGCCACUCAACCCUGAUGCCAAAGAUCAUGACCUUGUUCUAUGCCAUGGUUACUCCUCUCUUCAAUCCCCUGAUUUACAGUCUCCGAAAUAAGGAAAUGAAAAAUGCUUUAUGGAAAGUUCUGGAAAAGUUUAAAACAUCUUUAAAGCUUUCUGGCAGGAAUCCCAGGAGGAAUGUGGAAUAA